AUGGAUUCGUUUGAAGUAGCUAAUCAGUUCUCAACAAUACUACGAAACUUAACGCCACAACAACAACAACUUUCAAAAGCCAUUUACUUUGCAUUGAAAAAUGUUGAUAAGGAAGACUACAUUGUGCCUACAAUAUUGAAUGUAUUGGAAGACCCCAAAUUGGAUUUGAACUUGAAAUCUUUUAUAUUUCAAUUUAUUGACCUUUUGAUUCAAGAGAGUUUCAACAAUCCUAGGUACAACAAUGCAUACAUUCAAAGUUUGAAGAGCAAGUUGCCACAAAUUGUGCAACUGGUAUGUCCUUUGAACAACUCGUCUAAUUUAAUGGUUGCAUUUACAAGUCUAUGUCACAUACUGACGAGAUUCAAGGUAGAUUGCGAAUCAUACAAGGCGGAUUUUCAAACGGGCACACUAGAUGAACUUCAGAAUAAAUCACUUGAACUCGAUGGUAACGAGGAUACAUUGGUUUCAACAUGGAAAAUAUUGUUACAGCGAUUGAGAGCAAGCAAAUUAAACCGCAAGAGGCUCCUCAGUGACGUUGAGGUGACAGAAGAGAAUGUGGAUGAAGAGCAGAUAUUCAAUAUACGAAACAAGAGCGAUCCAAAUACACAGUAUCUAACAAAGAAGCAGAUCAUCACAAGAAUAGAAGAUGAUCGAGAAACGCAUAAACGGUUGAAAGAAAAUAGAUGGUGUGUAAAUCGUGACAAGGGUACCAAAUUCAUUUGUGAAAAUGAAUUCAUCAACAAUUAUUGGAACAAAUGCCAUCCUUUAACAAAGAAAGAGAAUGCAGAGUUUUUGAAUAAUCUUCAGGAGUUAAAUAGCAUGGUUUUGCUGAGUUAUAAAGAUAAACAAUUUUAG